CCGCCAUAUUGGGUGUUCGAGGGAGGGAUUUUGUUUCCGUGUGAACUUGAAUAUUUAACUACCGAAAACCCGGCCAGCCAUUUUACAAAAAAGCCCGAAAAAUAGAACCAUUCGUGGUUCCUCUUUCUGUUUAACUCUCCGUUGAAUUAACUUUCCAAAAUGCCUUUAAUUAAGCGACUUAUUGAACCGACUGAGUUGAGUCGCGGGAAGCUUGGAAGUCAACAACUGGCGAGCGAACUUGAAGCUGUCUCUGUCAAUACUUUAAGUGGAAUAAUUCGACAACUAAGCAGCCUUUCCAAACAUGCUGAAGAUGUAUUUGGAGAGCUAUUCUCUGAGGCUUCUAAUAUCAGUAAACGGUCGAAUUCUCUGCAAGAAAGGAUACAGAAAUUGUCUAUAAAAGUCACACAGCUAGACUCCGCCGGCGAACAGAUAUCAUUACAAGACAUUAAUAUGCGAAAAGCAUUCAAAAGUACAAUUGUAACCGACCAGCAGGUACUAACCAAUAAUACGCUGCCAACUACGAUGAAAGAUCGUUACCUUAGAUGUGAUGAACCUCCAAAAUUAUCAGAGAUGAACCAAUAUCGUGAUGACGAUAAAGAUGGACUGAAAUUUUACACAGAUCCRAAAUAUUUCUUUGAACUUUGGUGCGAAGAAAUGAAAAAGGAAACUGAAAAGAAAAAGAAAAGAAAGAACAAAGGACGUGUUAGAACACGAACGCAGACCAAAGCACCUGUCAAAGCAAUCAAGAGAAAAAAUUUCUGUCCACAGGGAGAGGAAUUCAAAAGUCCAAAUAUGAAUGCAACGAAACACAUUCGUGCCCCUGAAGAUGGCAGCCCACAAAAAGAAACGCAUUAUGAUCAAAAUGAAAGGAAAGAAAAUGGAGACGUUCCUAGUGGUAAGGGAACAACUGAAUUAAUCAGCCUUCCUCAAGGACAACAGCAAGUUUCUCCAGGAAGUAAGAGAACAUCACGAAGAUAUACCAGUUCUCAGAAUGUAAACAGACCUACAUCGGCUCCCCCACCGCCUCCUCCUAUGCCAGGAUCUGUGAAUACCUCACCAACACAUAGCACUACAGGAGUCCCUCCCCCUCCACCUCUUCCUGCAGGAGUGCCUGCACCGCCGCCCCCACCACCCCCACCAACACCUGGCCAUGGCCCAAAUCUCAGAGGGUCUGCAUCGUCAGCUUCAGUUGCAUCACAACAAUCUGUUGGUUCCAUGCCAACUGUAUCCCCCUCAUCAAUGUCUUUAACAACAUCUGAGUCUAGUAUUGGUGAAGCUCCUAUGCCGUCAGAGGAGGUAGACAGUAGGAGUGACCUGUUAGCUGCUAUACGGCAGGGCAUGGCGCUACGGAAGACCCAGGGGCAGGAGAAGAAGAAGGUUAAAGAGAAAGAGGACAAUACAAUGGAUGUUGCGACCAUCCUCGCCAGGCGUAUAGCUGUUGAAUAUUCUUCUAGUGAAGACGAAAGUGAAACGGGCUCAGAAUGGGAAGACGAAGAUGAGUAAUCUCCAUAGAUAGUGAAUUUUAGAACUAGAAAUUUUGCAAGACUUUUUCAAAUUUCUACUUUGCUGCCAUUUUCCUCGAUUACAGACUUGUCCACUAAGGGUUAGUCUCAUUAAUGAAUAAAAUAUUGACAAUCACCAUUGAUGAAGUAUGGACAAAUGCGCAAAUUAAACAAUAAAAGCACUUUUAAAUUCUGCAAACUUUCACUGAAACAAAUUCAGAAUAUCAUUCACAAAAUCAAGGCUAAGCCUUGGGAACUGAGAAUUUGAAAGUCUAAGGGGUGUUGAACAAUAAUAUUCUUUUUCAAUUUAUUCACUUCCAGACAAAUUCUAGUAAUUGUCAAUUAGAUUUUAUGUGAUUUUUGACUGAUAGACCUUAUAAAGUUGUGGCAUAAAUUAUUUACUUGAUUGGAGAAUUAUUUUAUUGCCAACUGAAUGACCACGAGUGAAUUAGUAAAUGUAUCAAAGUAAUAAGACAAAUAUCCGUAGAGUCACAAACAGUAAUAUGAACCAAAAAACAUGAAAACAAGCCUGGUUCUCCAUUUCAAACUACUUCUAUCAUCCAACAUGGCUGCCAUGUCYUUUGUCRUUUCAUUCUCUUGUGAAUGUUUACAAACUACUUCUAUCAUCCAACACGGCUGCCAUGUCUUUUGUCGUUUCAUUCUCUUGGAAUGUU